AUGGCUCACUCAGAUAUUGACAAGGCAUGCACAGCUUAUGUAUUCUUGGACAUGGCAUGGGACACAAACUGUGACACAGCAGUCAUCAUCAAGAGCACUCUUCAUCAACUUGGACGGUGUUUGAGUGACCAAGAGAUGUUUGAUGAUGCAGUGAGAUAUUUGAAAGAAGCCCUUGAGGUGAAACGUACUUUGAACAACAAAGAGGAUACUGCACUGACGCUUCAUCAGGUGGGAUAUUGUUUAUGUGAGCAAAAGAAUUAUGCAGAAGCAGAGAAGUUUCUUAAUGAAGCGUUGGUCAUCAGAAGAACACUUCCCCCUCAACAUAAACCAUCUCUUGCUGCCACUUUACAAGUGUUGGGCGAGUGUAUGGUCAGGAAAGGCAGCUCUGUCGAUGCUGAGAUUCUACUGAGAGAAUCUCUAAGCAUCUACAGGACUGCCUUUCCCAUCAACAAAUCCAUCAUUGCUGACAAUAAGUGUCAUGAUUGUAUUGUUGCUGAAGAUAAUGUACAUUUGUAAAAUUGUUUAAAUAGUGAACACACUGUAAGUCUAUAUCAGUUGGUGUAUGUCAUUCAUUGUGUGUAUGUUGCGUGUUCGUUAAUCGUUUGGUCAGUAUUGUUAUGAAUUUGGACAUUUGUGAAGACAGCAGAUCAAUUUAGUAUGGUAGAGUUUGGGUUAGUUGGUUUUGUUACAUCAAUAAUUUUAGUGGUUUAUUGAUGUCACAAACAGUUAGGACUUGAGAUAAGGGCAACUAUGUUAUGUUUUAAUUAGUUAAUGCAGUGUGUGUGUGUGUGUGUG